AAAAUUUAUCAUAACGAGGUCGAUGGCGCCAAGUUGGAAGUGAAAUGAACUGCUGUCAAAUGAAAUAAUAACGAUAAAACAUUAUUAAGAAUGUUUGUGAAUAUAUCCAACAGUGUUAGAAGUUCAACACCUUCAGCAGAGAGAUCAAUAUCAAAGACCAGAAUCUGUAACGAUACCUUAGACAGUGGUAUUUUCUCUCCCUUAGCUAACAAAAUGAAUAAAGAUCCAACUCUGUUAUCUACUGGAAUGUUACAGAUUAGUCCAUUAAAAAUGCCGUUAUCUCCAGCAAAAAUUAAAAAUGAGUCGAUUAUGUCAGAAAUGACUGACAUCAGUAUUUCAGAAGAAUGGGAAAAGGACUUUUUUUCUAAUUUUGAAGAAAAUUUAUUUAACAUGGAUAUUGAUGAUCGCAUGUUGUCUGACAUUUUGAAGUCUCCAAAGGGAAAGGCUGCCAUGAAUGAAAUGAUACGCUCACCAAAAGGAAAAGCAUUUGUUAAUAAAAUGAUGAAGUCACCAAAAGGAAAAUUGAUGAAACGACAGUUUGAUAAUGAACUUCCAGGUUUAAGCAAUGAAAGCCCAAGCAGUUUUGAUGCAAAACAACUGUCCACUACACCUAUGAAACCAGAGUUAAAAGGAAUGCUGAAAAUGUCAAAUUCAAAGCGUAGAUUAACAAUGACAGACCCAAAUAUACAGGGAAACAUGGACACUGAUGCAGAAAUAGAUCUUUACAUACAACAAAAUAUCUUGGGAAAGGUUAAAACUGAAAAUCAUCUAUUACAGCGUAGGCAAAGGACUGAAUUUGUUCCAAUUCAACCCAAAGAGAACCAGGAACCAGUUGUUUGGCCAUCACAAGAAAGAUUAAAAUUUGCCAGGGCACAGUUCCAAAAAACCCUGCAGAUGGCAGUACAGAAAGUUUCACAAGACCCUAAUAAAAAAAAAGUGAAAUUUCAAGAGCCAGCAAAAUAUAGAUUGGAUAAGUAUCCAGAAAUCAAACAAGCACUUGCAAGACCACCAACUGCAGGUCAAGCAAAACGUCAGUUUCCUAAGAUUAAACCAUUGACUAUUGAACCUAAAGAUCUGUUAGUGCCCUUCAUGGAAAGUUCUGAGAACACAUCAUGGUACACAUAUGAUGAUAGUGACGAUGAUGAUGAAGAGUGGACAGAAGAUUUACCAUUCUCUUCACAGAAAAGGAGUAAAAACUCUAGAUUACAAAACAAGCGACGGAAAUAUUGAUAAGAGAAUUCAAUUGACUUAACAUAUUUAAAUAUAUUUGUUGUUAUCGUAAACAUGAAACAAAUAUUUAUCUCCACCCAGGUCGAGACAAUUUAUUUUUCUUUAUACUUGCACAUUCAUCUUUAUGUCACAGUUUAGCUUGAUUAGCCUAAUAAUUGAAGCUUCACUGUUGCUUGUUAUCAUUUCUAUCAUAUUUUGUCUGUUCUAAAAAUAUGUCAUCAUAUUAAAAUAAAUGUUCUUUUUCAUUUCAAUAGAACAAAAGAUUGUAAAAGUUGAUGGUUUAAUAUUUCCAAUCCUUUGAUUUAGUACAACUUUAUAUUAUACACUAAACUUAACCAGGGUUCAAAGAUAUUGGCAUGACUCAUAAGGGAACAUCACAUGUAUAUAUAUAUAUGUCACAAAUAACCAGCAGAUUUUUUUUAAUUUUUUUUAUAUCAAUCAGAUAGUCAAAUAAUAUGUUGAAAUUUUUUAACGAGUUUUUCUUAAGAGUCUGAGUUGUUUUAGGACUGCAAUGUCCAAAAGAUAACACUAACCAUAUUUUUCAUACAUGUACUUGUUAUCUCCAAUAAACUGUACAAAGAGGACAAAACGUAUGUACAUGUAUUGUGUAACCAGCUUUCAGUAAAUAUUGUUUGAUAUAGUACCAUUUGUGUUCCUGAAAUAUAUGUACAUUGUACUGUACAUGUACAUUUACAAUGUAGAUUGCACAUCAUAUACAAAAUAUAUAUCCCACUGUUGUUAAUGUUUGAAAUUGUAUUUAUUUAUAGUAGAUUAGUUUAUACUUAAAUAUAGAUUAUAUGUGUACUAUAAUAUAUAUUUCUUUUUGCUGUAAUGUCACUUUAGUUCAAUUUACCAAUUAACAAUCUUCUGAAAUUUGAAUUCUUUAAUUUUCAACUGAAUUUAUUUAGGCAUAAGGCCACACCAAUUUAAUUUCUUGUUCUACGGAUUUUUGGACUCCAAAAAUUGGGGCGAGCGAGCGAUUUGAAAAUUUUAAUAAAAAAUAUUUAAUUUGCAAAUUUUUGAGGCGAAGCUUAAAAAGUAAAGGCGAGCGAUUAUAAUUUUUUUUUGUAAACAUAAAAUAGUAGGUUUUGACUAUAUUAAAACUUGAUUUAUCACUUGUACCUUGACAUUUCUUUAAUUUAUGAAGUAUUUUUCCCUGUUCAACAAGAAAUAAUUGAAUAAUUAAAUCUGAUCUAUGUAUGUGUGACUGACAAUGAGACAAUUCUCCAUCCAAGUCUUAAUCAGGUUCAAAACAACCCCUUAAUGUUAUGAAUAUCCCUUUUAUGAGGGGUCAAAAUAAGUUAUAAUAUAUUUUUUUUGUAAAAACACUUAAAGUACAAAAGGGCUUAUAUUUUCCCAAAGAACUAUAAUAUUUGGUAUUAAAUGUUCAAAAUAUGUCCAAGAAUUUUGUAAUAUUCCUGGACUUUAACCAUGUUAACACAUUUACUUUAACAGUUUAAUAUUCAAAAUAAGUGGACCCAUCCCUACUUUAGAAAAGUUGUUUAAAAUAUAAUGUAUUUCUCCUCUUUUUGAGUAAAAAAUUCUAAGUUGUCAAAGGUUUUGUAUAUUAGCACUGUACAAAUCCUUAGUAUUUCUAUUUUCUUUUCUUCAAUAGUAAACAUGGUAAAAUGACCCCUUCAAGGCCCUUGUCUGAGGGAGGGUUGGUCCCAACCUGAUAAUAACAAACAUAGGUCAAAGUACGGCCUUUUACACAGAGCUUUCAACAAGACCAACCAGCAAGCUAUAAGGGACCACAACUUAGUAUUGUACACAAUUCGAACAGGAAAACCAACGAUCUAAAGUUAUAUUUCCAAUCGGGAAAAUACCAAUGAACAACAUCAACAAACGAUAACUGCUGAACGACAGGUCCGUGAAUCAACAAUGACAGGUGCACAAACCUGCAGCGGGUAUGACCGUCCGUAACCAUACAUUAUAAUUGCAGUUGAAGGCAAAUCCGUCAGAAGUUCUUUGUACUUUAUUUUAACAACGAACAUUUAUUUAUAGGGAAUAUAAGUUAGGGGGAAAGAAACCAACGAUUUGUUCUGUACUGGUAUUUCUAUUUAUAUCGGAGCACUCCCGCUUGGAAUAAAUUGGUUUCAUGCUGAAACAAAUAUUCUCGCAGAUAUUUACAGUGUUGUGGGGUGCUGAUAGGUUUAAAAUCCUUAUAUAAAGGCUAGACUGUGAUUUUAAAAAACAAAUGUUGAGAUCUUUAUAUAAUAUUUACAAAAAAAACGGUGCGGGAAAUGGACAUGAUUUCAUUUCCGGAUGCGGGAAGCGGGAAUAUAAUAAAAAUGAAAAAAAAAUCUUUUGAAAAAAAUAGGUGCGGGCGGGUCCAUCGAACAAGGAAUCAAAUUGGUGUGGCCUAACAUACAUGUAUAUAAUUUUUUUUAGGUCACCUUGUUUUCUUUUGGGAUUAACAUAGAUUAUAAUAUUAAUAUUAAACCAGAAUAAAAUAAAUGCUUGUUUACGGUUACCGACUGACCCUAUUUUUAGCACCGACCUUAAGCCAUUUUAUUUCCGUUGUAAAGUGAAAAAUAAACUGAACUCUUGUUAAAAGUGAAGAUAGUGUUGCCUGAUACAACCCAAUGUUCAUAAUCAUGAAUAUGAUAGCUGUUUUAAGGAAAUUCAUGACUCGGUGAUGAAAUAUAUUUUUUGCUGCCCUUUUUUCCAAUCAAUAACAAAGGGAAAUAAUCCAAUCAUUACAAAUACGGGUAAAUUUGGCCCAUGGACAACUCAUACCACGGCAAGACAGCCUGCACAACUCAAAAUCAUGGCACAAAAAAAUUAAAUGAAAAAAAAUUAAAAAAAAUGGAAAUACUGACCUACCUACCCUAUUUAUAU